AUGGCAGCAAAUCGUCUGGGCAGCAUUCAGGGUCACAUCUCUGGCGACAAGGGCAUCAGUCAAGCAGCUCUUGCUGUGUGGAGCGCUGUUCCUCAGGCUCCUGAAGAUGCCAUCUUCAAGCUGACUGCCUCCUACGAGGCUGAUUCCUACAAGCAGAAAGUCAACCUCGGUGUCGGUGCCUACCGUGACAACAACGGCAAGCCCUACGUCCUCCCCUCGGUCAAAAAGGCGCAAUCCGACCUCAUCGCCGACGAGUCGGUCGACCACGAGUACCUCUCCAUCACCGGUCUUCCCGAGUUCACCUCUGCCGCUGCCCAGCUCAUUCUCGGUGCCGACUCGCUCGCCAUCGCUGAGAAGCGUGUCGCCUCGGUCCAGACCAUCUCCGGCACCGGUGCCAACCACUUGGGCGCCGUCUUCCUGCAGCGAUUCUACCAGUACCAGGCCUUCGGUGUCGACCGUCAGAUCUACAUCUCAAAUCCCACCUGGGCCAACCACAAGGCCAUCUUCAACCAGGUGGGCAUCAAGCCCGUCGACUACCCCUACUACGAUGCCAAGACCAUCGCGCUCGACUUUGAGGGCUUCACCAACACGCUCAAGCAGGCCAAGAACCAGAGCGUCUUCUUGUUACACGCGUGUGCGCACAACCCCACAGGUGUCGACCCGACGCAGGAGCAGUGGAAGCAGAUUGCCGACAUCUUCGCCGACAAGGGCCACUUCGCCUUCUUCGACUGCGCCUACCAGGGCUUUGCAUCGGGUGAUCUCGACCGCGAUGCGUGGGCGGUGCGUCACUUUGUGGCCCGCAAGAGCAUUCCGUUGCUCAUCUGCCAGAGCUUUGCCAAGAACGCCGGGUUGUACGGCGAGCGUGUCGGUGCGCUCCACGUCGUGUCGGCGACUCCGGAGCAGAACGCGGCGGUCUUCUCGCAGCUCGCGGCGAUUCAGCGCUCGGAGAUCUCCAAUCCCCCUGCGUUCGGCGCGAGGGUCGUCAAGAUGAUCCUUACCGACAAGGCACUCUUCGCGCAGUGGCAGAAGGAUGUCAAGGAGAUGGCAGGCAGGAUCAUCACCAUGCGACAGAGCCUCUUCGACCUGCUGACAAAGAAGUUCGAGACGCCGGGCAACUGGGACCACAUCCUCAAGCAGAUCGGCAUGUUCACCUUCUUGGGGCUCGACGUCAACCAGUGCAAGCGCCUGCUCGAGGAGGGCCACAUCUAUCUCACCGCCAACUCGCGUAUCUCUAUGGCUGGUCUCACCACCAACAACGUCGAGUAUGUCGCCAGCUGGAUCGACAAGGUGGUUCGCGAGAAGAAGUGA